UUUUCAUAGCAUUAUCUAAUAGCAUUCUUUUAAGAAUGCUAUGAAAGAGAACCGAUUAUAGCGUUCGGCGAUUAGGAGGGGCGGAAAAACUCGUCCAGAGAUUACUAUAGCGUUCAUUAAAGUAAACAAUAGCGUUCCACCAAAAUUACUUUAAUUGGCGCCCUAAAUGCAACACCCCCUUCCGAAAAUUUCAUUCUUUCCUCCUCAGAGGCGCAAAUCUUCUUCGUUGUCGGCGUUGAAACCCUAGAAAUCAACUCAGUUCUUGCGUUGUAUCAGAAAUGGCAAGUUUCACUCAAGCUUCUCCUGGCGACGCCAAAUCGGGUGAGGCGAUCUUCAGGCCCAAGUGCGCUGAACAGUUCCACACAAUCGAGAAAUGCAUUGGACACAAACAAGAAAAACGAGGAUGUAAGCACUAAGCCCCACUGGUCUCCGCCAUUUGCGAGCGAGAGAAGUUUCCAGAAAUCAAGCCCAAUUUCAGAGAACCCACGAGUAGCAACAACAUGCGACAGAUACGUACGGCAAGCUGGUUGCCUCUCUCUCUCUCUCUCUCUCUCUCUCUCUCUCGGUCCCUCCCUCUCUUGCUAUACAUAUACAGGAAAAUCUACAACUACCAAUUUUAGAGAAACCUAGGUUUUUUUCUAGAAAAGAAACCAAAUUCAAAAACCCUCAAUUGUUUUCAGAAAUUAAGCACAAAGUGUAAGCCCUAGUUCUCUUAUAUAGCCCUAAAUUAACUCCUGGUUCGUAUAAAUUAGUAUAUAUGGCUUGGUUUUCAUUAUGCGCAUAAGAGUAAUUUAUGAGUUCAUGGAGAAGAAUUGAUACCUUGACUCGUUGAGAGUGUUCUAGUUACAUUCAAUACUCAAUAGAAUGUCAAACAUCAUAUAUUGGGUUCUUCUUGAUCAAGUUUUUUGUCACUUUAAUGGGAAUAGGGCCUAUAGGCAACUGGAUAUCUUCAUAUUUUGCCUUUUUGGGAUUUGUAUUAUCUGAAAAGAGAUUUGAUACUAAAUGAGCAAGGUCUGCUUCCUUUUUAAACAUUUAAUGGGUUUUGAAGUUUAACAGUCAUUUUGUUAGCUAUAUGAGCAAUGGGUGUUUAUUAUUGGGUGUUUAAUACUACUUCCUAUUUAUCCUUGAAAGGUAACUGGCAUUCCAGUGGGUGCAACUGAACUCUGUGGACUUAGAGAAAACCGUGGUAGAAAAUGAUAUGAAGAAUGCUUGGGGCCAACUCCAUUCCUAUGACAUAGCUAUUUAGUAAAACAUCUUCUUUGGAAAUCACUUCAACCACUCCCGAGAGGUAUACGACUGUUGAAAAUUUUAAUAGAACCCACUCAACCAAAUAAGUUUUUUCACAGUUCACCAUCUUUGUCUGGAAAACUUCCUGUUGAACUUCAUGAAUUUUGCUACAUUUAUUAAAGUUCAAGCUAAAGUGUAAAUGAAUUUGCUCGAAUGGUCUAGUUGGGGCCAUAAUUGUUGUAACUUGUAAUGUAAUGAAGUAGGCGACUCCCAUUUAUUGCUCUAUCUCUCUUUGUAGAGUAAAAGAGUUUGUUUCACCCAUGGUUUUUAUUGUUUUUUUGCUUAUCAAGAGAAAGAGAAGAUAGCAAGUUAACAGACUAAUUUGUAGUAGCACAUCAGAUAUAGGGAUGUGUAAAAGCCAAUUGCAAAAAAUUGGCUCAGAGAAGUGCUUCAACCUGCCAGCUUAUUCAUGUGUCCAAGAAGGUCUGGAUCAUACGUUGAGGCUGGCAGAACAUGUGGCUGCAGAGAUAGCUCUGAACACACUUGCAAACAGAGGCCCUUCUAAGGCGCUGGCUUCAAAAGUUUUGGUUGUGAAGCUAAAAGCUUUCUCCAAGUUUGAGAACACAUCUGAAGCCUUGUCGGCAGCCACCUUGUUGAUUGAUAGCAAGCCUAGCAAAGGUCUGCGCAAGUUUUUACGUGCUCAUUGUGAUGGUGAAACAUUAGCUGUUGCUGAUUCUAAACUUGGAAAUGCCAUUAAGGAGAAGCUGCAAAUUGAAUGUGUUCACAACAAUACUGUCAUGGAACUGAUGAGAGGGGUAAGAAGCCAACUGACGGAACUCAAAGCUGGCCUCGCUUCUCAGGAUUUGGCUCCAAUGAGCUUGGGUUUAUCUCACAGCCUAUCUCGAUAUAAGUUAAAAUUUAGUUCUGAUAAGGUGAGUUCGUUGGUAUUUCUCUUUUGGUUGGUAAAUUGGCAUACUGUCGUUUAUAGUUGCUAGAGGUGAAUGGUGAUCUCUUUGUUAUGAAACUUGCAUUGCUAAUAAUUUUUUGUCUUCCCUGCAUAAUUUCGUUGGAUCAUGUUCGUGGUCAGUUGUUACAGCCUUUCAAAAUGUAACAGCGUAGUGCAGUUUUUAUAUGUUUUUGGUAGUGAAGUGGGAACUGCAUCAUUUGGUUUGGGUGAGAAGAUGGCUCCUAUUAUUUGUGUGUGAUUCUUUCAGUUGGGGGAGGGGUCCCAAAUAUCUCUAUCCUCCAUUUGAUCAUUUCGCUUAAUUGUAUUGGGAGUAGCAGACAUGAAAUGCUUUAUGGUCCUGUUCCUAGUCCUAGGCCAACUCCGACUGCCAUUAUACUUUGGCUAAUGAGGAGGAGCCCUGGGAUCUUACCACGGCUUCACAAAAGUUUUUUAGAGACGGCCAAGUGGAGCUUGAUUGCCAGUUAUCUAGCCAAAGGAAAGUACCAUUAUUACCAUUUCCUACCACAUACUUUGAUAAGAGGAUUCCCCAAUUCCCUUUAUCCAAACACCUUCAUAUGGUUGAUGAGGAAAUUUGAGGUUUAUUCAUGUGCCACAGGUUUUUAUUUUUUAUUUUUUACUUGUAACUUAAACUUAUUUCCGUUGUUUGCGAUACCUACCAAGUUCCAUUUAACUUUUCCACCAAUACUUACGGACCACAACAGUCCAUAAGAAAGCUCUUAGCAACAUUUCAAUCUCUUUCAGAAUUUUCUGAUGUAAAUGAAGAUGGAGCACCAAUAAACUGCACACAAUCUAAUAAGAAAGACUGAAUACGCUGACCAAACGAAAAGUGUUGAGUUUUACCGUUCUUGAUCCUUGGAGUAGUUCUAUCAUUCAACUGCACACAAUCUAAUAAGACAACUUUGAGGACAUGAGAGGCACACCUAGACAUCUCGCUGGAAGCACACCAAUUGGGUAGAAAAAACUGACUCAAAACUGUUUAUGUAAGUCUGCACUGACCCUGAAUAGAACAUAGAACUUUUUUGUAGCUUUGGCUGCAGCCCAAAGGCUGACUGAAAAUCUUGUAAAGCCUCAUUUACAAUAAAAAGAUCAUCAAAAGUAAGAUGAUUGGUUUGUGAUGUUUGGCACUAUGGGUGAUAAGUGGAAUCCCCGUUUACAAUUUUUUUUUGUCUGAGAAUUGAAAAAACACCCUCCACAACCAUUUGGAACAGAUAUGGAUGUAUAGGGUCGCCCUGCCAAAGGCUUUUUUCUCCUUUGAAAAAGCCUUUAAGCUCUCAAUUCACCUUGUUUUUGCUAGUCAACUUUUGCUAGACAAGUCCUAGAACACCUUGUCUUUUGUCUUUAGGAUAUACAUCCACAACAUCCUUAAUGUGUCGGCGAUGAAGAUUAGGAAGUACUCGUUUCCACCUAACAAUUCCACUUUAAAGGAAUCACAUACAUGAUAGAUACAUCAGAGUUAACAAUAUCUUUGUUCGCUCGAAGAGCUGAAAGAAACAUUGCUCUGUUUAUCCAAGGGUUUAAUUCAUUCCCCUUUCUAGCUGGAAUGGGAGAUUUCCUUCUUUAAGAAUCUCCCAGCCUUUCUAGCUCAUGCAGGUAUGGUCCAAGUGUGUUCUGCUAUACUGCUAAAUGGUUGUUUGCUGGAAUAUAGUAUUAUAGCUGCUGAAUUAGGAAAUUAGUUCCUGAAUUUGGUGCAUAGAAGUUGGAAUGGUUAUUUCGAGAGCCUAAAGGUAUGCUGGUUGCUGAGUGUUAGAAAGAUUUAAAUUUUCCAAAUUGAAAUUGAAAUGUUUUCUUUCGUUGUAGGUCUUCAAGUAGAAAGAGAAGAUCAAUGCUGAUCAAAGAAAAAACAGAGAAGAUCAAUGCUUUGUCAUGUGAAGAUGGAGAUUAUGAUCUUGCUAUCGCCGGUUGAAACUUAGUUGAACCAUUUUCCUUGACACUUUCUUUUCUCUUCUUUAUUUUAGUAUGAAGAGCGGUAGGCUAUUUUAGGGCUAUUUAGAUGUUUAUAUGAUGUCUUUUUGCAUUUGGAAGCUACUGGCUUUUUUCUAUGUUAACACAAUACUUCAAUUUGGAUGAAAUAUUAUUUAUUUCCAUGUUAA